AUGGCCAUGGAUGAUCCACAUGAUCUUCGUAAUUGGUCUAAGGAAAUAUCUAGGAGUCACAUUGGACACAUUUUCGUGGUCAGUACCCUUUACGAGGCGUCGAUGGUGCCAGAGGAAACUCCGUCGUACGAUGCGCAAUGGGUCGAAUGGCCUUUGCACGAAAGGAAUAUCUAUUGUCUACCUUGGAACGGUGAACCUUCUCUUGAGCAAACGCUGAUAACUAUUCUUAUCAUCCUUGGUAGGGAAGAGGGCCAAUCACAUUUGACGUGUUUUAACAAGUGGCUGAAUAUCUGCUUGAGGGAAUGUGUAAUCAGAGCAUUUGUGGUCCCCGGCAUGCGGUGUAAAGGGUCCGUACUGGUCCACUACAUCGACGGGAAGCAGUCUGUCACCGAUGUUUACAUCGACCUCUGGCACUGCAACGUCACUGGCAUCUACUCUGGUGCUGGAGAACAGGUCAAUAUACCCAUGUUAUUGCCCACGGUGAUGGAACUGUGUUCUCUAACUGAACCUUCGAGACAAGCAGCGAUCGCCAUGUCGUGCUUUGUCGAGUGGACUUCUCCUUCCACCAGCAACACUCAGCAACUGACUGAAAACGAAGACGACUCUAUCUCGGUCAACACCGUAUCUGGCACAAGCAGAGUCGAUCCUACCCUGGAGUACAAUUACCUUGGUAACAGUAUCUUUGAUAAGCUCCUUCUUUGGUGAUCUAUGGGUAUCGACUUGUCCGUGGGGUUAUAGUGUCAUCGGCGGCUGAGCUCACUGAGGAGUCGGACGGCGGUGUUGAAAACGGUAGCUCUGGAGGAAGAAGAAAUGCCCCUGGCGGGAGCGGAGGGGAGGACCACCUCAAUGAUUUUUGUGAGGCAAAAGAAUCAAGGACAGGAGUAAGACAGUGAUAGGACCGAGCGACCCUGCUAUCCCUUCACCAAUAGAUAUAUUCU